AUGUCUUCUUUAAAAGUAAACAAUAAUAAAUGGCUUAGCGGAGAAACCGCGGAGGAAAAACAACUUUUCAAUCAUUCUAGGGAAAUGGAAAUUGUUUGUUUUGCUAUUACAAAAGUUAUAUCGGAAUGUGAUAACAAAUGGAAAGACUCUGCUGGCGAAGAUACCACAUAUUCCUUCGCGAAUCGUAACUAUAUAUUGGAAUUAGUCAAUUUACAGGUGCUAGAGCAAAUUAUUGAAUACUUGUCGAAAUUAGUGAAGUCAUUUUAUAAACUUAACCCUAAAUUAGCAAGAUUAAAAAAGGACAACGGUUUGAUAGGAAGCAAACAUGAUCAUAUUUUUGAUAAACUAUGUAGCUGUAGAUUCAUCAUGUUACAAUCAAUAUACAAUCUUAUCGGGACAAUAUUGAACACUUGUCUCCAUAGAGAAGAUUCUCGAAAAACGCUGGAAUCCUGUUUACGGUUGAUAGAAAUUUAUAAUAACUUAAUCGGGUUAAGCUACAAAAAGUUUACAUCUAAAUUCCAUACAUGCAGUAACACGUACCCUAAUGCUAUUAACGCUACGAAACCUAUUACAUUAACAAAAAUUGUUCAGGUUCUUUCAAAAAGCCGCGCGGAAAUCAAUUGUCAUAGAUUAAUAAACUGCUUAGUGAAAAUGUACCAACCUGGUGACAAUCCUGAUAACGAAUCAAGUACUAGUACGGCUGAAAGCUUAGAAAUAUAUCAUACUUUGACAAAACAUAUUACACCGCCAACGUCGUCUACCUCUCGGCAAAUGAGCAUCGCGCAGAAACGGGAGGCUUUCGUCGAGAAAAAGAAAACUUUAAUGAAACAAGCGCAGAGUUUAAUAGAGAAUAAAAAUGGACAUAGAAAGCUAAGCGAUGUCCUGAGCCAGCAUUCUGAUGGUGACGUGCCUUACACUUCGCUUUUGGCAAAUGAAUGUGUUUUGGAAUCUGUGUUUAAAAAUGAAGAUAACGUCAACAGUAUACUGCAAAGCGAAGAGUUAUACAUUGAGAUUUUGCUGGAUACCGUCGCAAAUAUUGCCCCUCUGUUGCUAGGACCGAACGGUGUCAAAAAGCUUAAAACAGGACGAAUACAGGUCAGCAAGAAAGCAGCUCACAAAGUGACCGAAUACUAUCAGAAUACAUUGUGGCAGGAUGUCGGAAGUUGUCUGGAGCACAUCGUCCUCUGGUGGUCUGCGUUCCCUUUAGGCACUAGAUCGCCGAACACUAGUCAAAAUCUACGGCAGUGGCUGUUUACAACAUUUAAUGUAAAUAAUACACCGGAAUUAAUACUAUCCGCACUAAGAGUAUUAGCAGACGCAUUAGGGUGUCACGUGACUUCAACAUCGUGGGAUAAACAUUUUGGAGCAACUUUGGCGACUAAUUUAAAAACAACAUCUUUAAAAGUAUAUCCAGAAUUGUCAGUAUUUAUAACCGAAAGCACAGAGUCAGGGGCGAAUUUCGCAUUAAUGCUGCAAGACCUGGUCACUCUUAACAAUCAGUGUGAGGUGACCUGGGACUACAUAUUAGGUGCUCCUAUAGAAGAUUUACCUAUCGUAGAACAAAUACCAAUUUUGCAUAGACUUGACCACUCGAUUCACACGUAUAGAUUAUGGUGUUUGGCGGAAACUCGUCGUCUAGCCAACUUAUGGGAAAUGGAUGAUUUUUUUCGUAUCACUCACAAAGACAUGCAAGUCUGCAUGGAGCAGUUAGCUAAUUUACGCUUUGCUGAUCACACGUCGGCCAUUGAAGCAGAAAACAUUGGUGUUCAUGAGAAAGUGAGCGCUAAAAUGCGAGAAAAAUUAGUCUCCGAAGUCAAAGUUAACAUACAAAAAUUAAAGGAUGCUGCGGAGGUGAUAACAGUGGUCCUGUCGGCAGUGUGCGCCACUACGAGCUUGGCGCACUUGACGAUGAUUUUCCCGAGCAAUGCGGAGUGGCGACGUAUUACACGGCCACCACAAGCCGACAACUCGAUUUACGUGCAAGAAUUUUUAGAUAAAAUGCUGCUACCUGUAAUAAAGGCAACAGAUGAUACAACUGCUCUUAAUAUGAUCUUGAGAAUCAUGUGCGAGUCAUGGCUGCAUCACAUAUAUGUUGCCAAAGUUAAGUUUACAAAAGAUGCAGCCCUGCAACUCCUGGCUGAUUUUAAUGAAGUUCGAAAUUGGCUUACCGAUUGCAAGGAACUCUCCGUCGACACUAGGAAACAAAUGUUGCAGAAUGAGGUUUUGAGGAGAUGCGAAGGCGUGGGUAGACUUUUGCUUCACGCUCCUGGCGACUUGAUAUCGAUGCAAGAGUCAACGACUCAGUCUGCGAAAAACGUUCGUAAAGAUGAAAACGAUACUUCCGAGCAACUGAUGCCGGCGGAGAUGUACGUACCGAACCAGAAGCAGUGGCUCACAUUACGCGCAAAUAACUUCAACUGCCCCAUCUCAUUCACCCUUUGUUGUUUAUUAUAUUGA